CAAGGCUGUCGCAACGCAAAGUUUCCACCGCCAGAUACUCGCCGUCGCGAACGCCUUCCAGCAUGCUGAAAUCGACAUACACGCUAUCGCCAGGCAUCCUGCAGCCACUGCCGCCUGGAUGGACCGAGCACAAGGCGCCGACCGGGCACGCGUACUACUACAAUGCCGAGACGAAAGAGUCGACGUACAAGAGGCCGGGCGUCGGCCCCUCCAGCGCGCCCUUGACUGGCCCUCAACAGCCAGCCUUCCCUCAAAUCAACCUCUCCGACCCUGCCGUCGCAAAUGCCUUCUUGGCUCAGCAGCGCGCCCAGGAGCACCAGCAACAACAUGGCCAGCGCGGAGGCUCUAAUGGCGGUGGCAGAGGCGGGUUCCAGUCUCGGCCACGCCCGCAACCGCACGACAGACCUCGUUCCAAGAUCGCCAUACCUGGUCACGAGCCUUGGAUUCUCGUCUACACAAAGUACGGCCGUCGCUUUGCCUACAACCCCACGAAGAAUGCCAGCUACUGGCGCAUCCCCGAAAAGUUUAUGCCCGCCAUCCUUGAGCUCGAUCAGGCCCGGAUUUUGCAGAAGGCGACCGGCAAAUCAACUGAAGACCAAAUCAAGAAUACCAGCGAUGCGGCAACUGCUAUAGGCCCGACACAGGCUCCAGCUCGAGACGAGCAAGAGCAAGAAGCCUCGCAUGACUACGACAGCUCAGAAUACGAAGAGGUGGAAGUCACAGAUGAUGAGGGUGGCGAUGACGAAGACCCCGACGGCAACCGGUCGAAGCGGCAGCGGACAGCAGACCCCCGUGGCGCCGACGGACCUGUCGAGUUUACUGAAGACGAUAUUGCCGCCCAGCUGGCUGCCAUGGCCGCCGACUACGACGAGGAAAUGAGCGACGGUGGUGGUGACGGUGGCUGGGAAGGAGACGAGGGCUUGACGCUCUCCGACGAGGACGCUCGGGAGCUGUUCAAGGACCUCCUCAAUGACUUCAACAUCAACCCCUACAGCCCAUGGGAGAAGUUAAUUGAGGAGGGAAAGAUCUUCGACGACGCCCGAUACCCAAUACUCGGCACGACGAAGGCCCGCAAGGACGUCUGGGAGGAGUGGUCACGCGUCAAGAUUCAGGAGCUGAAAGAGAGGCGCGCUAAGGAGGAGAAGAAGGACCCGCGAAUACCGUACAUUGCGUUCCUGCAAGAGAAGGCCACACCCAAGCUUUAUUGGCCAGAAUUCCGGCGGAAAUACAAAAAAGAAGACGAAAUGAAGGACGCGAAGCUUGCAGACAAGGACCGGGAGAAGAUGUAUCGCGAGCACAUCAACCGGCUUAAGCUGCCACAGGCGACACUAAAGGCCGACCUCAAGAAGCUACUCGAGUCGCUGCCCCUAUCGGUGCUAAACAACCGUACCAUGGUCUCGCACCUACCGCCCCAAGUCCUCAGCGACAUCCGCUUUAUCUCUCUGGACCCCAAGACCCGCGACGCGUUUAUUGAAGGGUAUUUGCAGGGCCUGGGCUCACCUCCCGAAGGGGCCGACGUGGCAGAGGAGGAGGAGGCCGGAGGGGCUAAAAAGGCCCGCGAAGAACGACAAAAGCGCGAGAAGGCUCUACACGACCGCGAGCGUGCCGUCGCCGAGGAAAAGCAGCGCCAGGAGAAGAGGCUUCAAUAUGAGCGGGCACGGCUGCGUGACGAGGAGCGUGAGCUGGAACGGGCCAUGCAAGUUGGGAAGAAAGGGCUCCAGAGCCAGCUAGCAACGGAUCAGCCAGCUCCUCCAUUGGCAGCUCCUCCGCCAGGAGAGUGAAAGGAUGGUAUUCACUGGAGAAAGCCGCCCGGAAUUAGACUGCCAAAAAUGAGUAAGAUUGGAGCCACAUUUUUUUGUCAAAACAAGAUGAGCCGUGAUCAUACACAAUGAUGGAGUUUCUUGAUGGAGUUCUUCGAUCUGUAGCUGCCAUCCUUAGUUUGCUUCUGACCCUCUCAGAUUUAGGGCUGACAAAAGACAUCUAACGACGAUUCAACCGAUUAUGUAUUUAAAAAUUACAAU